UCUCCUAUCUCCCCCAUCUUUCUUCCUGUAGAAAUUCCAAAUAAUAUCUAGUUCUAUUCCUUAAAUAAAGAAAGAAACCAAUGGCGGACGAGACAUCAACAUUGGUGUUGAAUGUUGAUCUUGACUACCAUCCCUGCAAGACGAAGAUGAGAAAAGUUCUUCGGAAAUUCCUUGAAAUCAAGAGCCAGAUUUUUUACGAGGAGCAAAAGAAGGUGAUCAUAUCUGGUCCGUUCGACCCGGAGAAGCUCAUCAAGAAGCUCUAUUGCAAGGUCGGAUGCAAAAUCAUCACUGGCUACGAGAUCCUAGAACCGGCCAAAUCCAAAGACAAACAGACUGUUCCAUCCUCAACUACAACUAAACCCCCAAACGAGCAACCUCCGUCAAAACCUGAGCCACUAGUACCUGGACCAGUGAACAUAGUGAUUGGGCCAAUCGGACCAGUAUGCUACUGUAGGCCGUUUCAAUUACCUGAUUGCCCGAUUCUAAUGGAUUGCUAUUGCAGUGUGAAAAACCCAACUUGUCAUUGCAAUGGAUCUUGAGUUAAUUGCCAAUGUGGGGGGGGGGGGGCAAUUCCAAUUCAAUUAUAUCCCAGGUUAUUUGCCAAUGUGGCUGUGGGGGCCACAGCAGCUGUCGUUUCUUGAUUGAAGAGGAAGGUUGCACUAUCAUGUAAAAAUGCUGGGCUUUUUUUGUUUUUUUUUUUUUUUUGGGUUUCUAUGGGACAUAAAUUCCAUGCUGACCCAACAACACAUCACUUAGUCAUGUUGGAACCUGUCAUUAUUUGAUUGGACUAUGUGUCGCUAUUAGAAAUAUGUUGAAUUAAGUAGGCAUUCAAUGUAACUAGUUUCAAACAUGCUUUAUAUGACCAUCUCUACAACCCAAUCAAAUCUCACCACCACUCCCUAACACUCCUAAGCCAAGUGCUGUUGGGUCAGCAGCAAUCAGAGUCCGUUUCUAUAGCAGGUAUAUAGUGUAGAUUUUACUGUAAUGUUGCUAAAUGAGUGGAGUUUAAUAUUUGGAAAGUGGAUCUAUCUAUUUAGUAAGGACAUGUUUGGAUUUAAAUUGAGGAAGUAUUAUUUCUA